AUGCGGCUCGACAAACGGUUAACGAUAUCUACUUUUCUCCUCACAGCUCCUUCAUUAUCCGCAGCCUUUUACCUUCCUGGUGUAGCACCAACUUCAUACGAUGAAGGCCAAGCUGUGCCGCUCUACGUCAACCAUCUUACCCCGGGACUAGCGCAACAAGACGAACAACUGCAUUCCGUCUUCGCUUACGACUACUAUCAUACCGCAUUUCACUUUUGUCGUCCGGCAGAUGGACCGAAAUAUGUUCGCGAGUCAUUAGGUAGCAUUCUUUUCGGUGAUCGAAUCCAGACAUCGCCGUUUGAGUUGUUCAUGGGCAAGAAUGAAUCAUGCAAGGCUGUUUGUGGAGAAGUCAAGUUCGAUUCGCGAAGCGCCAAAUUUGUCAACAGAAGGAUAGCUCAGGGCUAUAAUAUGAACUGGUUGGUGGAUGGGCUUCCCGGUGCUCAGUUGAAUCUGGACGCAGUGACCCAGUCCAAGUUCUACAGUCCCGGUUUUGCGCUCGGCACUCUGAAUGAUGAUGGACAGGCAAUGCUGAACAACCACUAUGAUAUCGUCAUUGACUAUCACCGUGUAGGGUUCGGCAGCAAGGACAAGUACCGGGUUGUCGGUGUGCUCGUUCAACCGGCGUCCCGGCGUGAUUCCAGAGUCCUUGAAGAUGGAACAGUGGAGUGCGGCUCCGACGACGCCGCUGUAAUUCUGAGCGAAGAUGGCGAGACUCCAGUCACUUGGACGUAUGGCGUGUACUGGCGCGAAUCGCCCACUCCUUGGGCUACUCGCUGGGACAAGUACUUGCACGUUUACGAUCCGAAGAUCCAUUGGUUUUCACUCAUCAACUCUGCCGUAUUUGUGGUUUUCUUGGUCGGUAUGGUGAGUAUGAUCCUUCUGAGGGCUCUCAGGAAAGACAUCGCUCGUUACAACCGCCUGGACAUGAUCAAUCUCGAAGACUUGGAUGGCACGUCAGCUGCUAUUGAGGACGGAAUUCAAGAGGAUUCCGGUUGGAAGCUGGUUCACGGCGAUGUAUUCCGAUGCCCCAGGUCUCCUCUGCUCCUCAGUGUGCUUGUCGGCAACGGGGCUCAACUUUUCAUGAUGACUGGUGUGACAGUUGUCUUCGCGCUUUUUGGUCUUCUUUCACCAGCCAACCGCGGUUUCUUGGCCACUGCCAUCCUCCUCAUUUACACCCUUUUUGGCUUCGUCGGAGGCUAUGUCUCGGCUCGGGUAUACAAGUCAUUCGGUGGCGAAGCUUGGAAGCGCAACAUCAUCCUGACUCCGGUCUUGAUUCCUGGGCUUAUCUUUGGUACCUUUUUCCUGCUGAACCUGUUUGUCUGGGCCAAGGGUUCUAGUGGAGCCGUACCUUUCACAACCAUGCUUGCCCUGGUCCUCAUUUGGUUCGUCAUCAGUGUGCCAUUAAGUGUGGCAGGCAGCUGGCUUGGUUUCAAGCAACGAGCAAUCGAAGGUCCAACGAAGACCAACCAAAUUCCGAGACAAAUUCCUCCCAUGACUGGAAGCCUUCGGACAAUCCCUUCUUUGCUACUUACGGGCAUCUUGCCGUUUGGCGCUAUCUUUGUCGAGCUGUACUUUAUCAUGACUUCUUUGUGGACGAGCAAGAUUUACUACAUGUUCGGAUUCCUCUUCCUCUGUUAUGGACUCAUGAUCAUGACCACUGCGGCCACCACGGUCCUGUUGGUUUACUUUUUGUUGUGCGCUGAAAACUACCGGUGGCAUUGGAGGGCUUUCGCUGGAGCCGGAAUGACGGGCUUCUACGUUUUCAUCAAUGCCUUUAUUUUCUGGAUCACUCGAGUGAGCUUCGGUGGACUCACAGGGGCAGUCCUCUAUGUCGGUUACUCUGCCUUGAUUGGUUUCCUGGUCUUCAUCUUAACAGGUUCGAUUGGAUUCUUCGCCAGCUGGGCGUUUGUGCAACGCAUCUACGGCUCGAUCAAGGUCGACUAA